UCUGCUCAGAACUCCGUUUCCCUAUUUCGCAGUGCCGCUGUCUACAACCUGAAAACACUUUCAGUUCUUAACGCUCCCCCACACUUACAGGUGAUUUCACGGCUCUGAAAUUACACUCCGGUUUGUGCUUAGUACAGCUGAUCUGCUCACCAGGCUGUACAGGACUUACAUGUCAGACUGUGACUCACAGCCCCAGCGGCUCCCCGGCAGGCCUCUCUGUUCACCGUGUGAGCAUCAGUCCUCACGCCGCUGUCGGGUGGGAGCAGCUCGGCCACAGAGGCAGCAUGGGCCCGGUGCAUAGCUAGCCUCUGCACACGAAAGCCACAGGAAGGGAAGAAUCACAUCGGAGGUGAACUGAUUAGCUUGAAUGUCACUGCUAACGGGGUCUGGCUGUCAGAAUGAACGGCACUCAGCAGAGUGAUGCCAAGAGGCAGCACCUCCUGGAGAGGCUGCUGGAUGCUGUCAAACAGUGCCAAAUCCGCUUUGGUGGAAGAAAGGAGAUUGCCACAGACUCAGACAGCAGGGUGAUCUGUCUGUGUGCCCAGUUUGAAGCGGUGCUGCAGCAUGGCCUGAGGAAAAGCAGAGGCCUGGCUCUCACCGCCGCUGCUCUCAAGCAGGCGGCAGGAUUCAGCAGCAAGACUGAAGGAGAGUUGACUUUCUGGUUCUACGUAAAGGAGCAUCUGAACCGCCACGAGCUCCAGCGGUUCUACUCCCUGCGUCAGAUCUCCUCAGAGCUGGGCCGGGGUCGGGCCUGGCUGCGCUGCGCUCUCAAUGAACACUCGCUUGAGCGCUACCUGCACACACUGCUGGCUGACCGCCCACGCCUGGGAACUUACUAUGAAGACUGGGCGUUUAUUCUCGAUGAAGAGAGAGCAAGUAUGCUCCCCACCAUGGCUGCAGGUCUGAACUCAAUCCUAUUUGCCAUCAACAUUGACAACACUGACCUGAACGGUGGGCUGACGCGAGGAGGAGGCUCCUCGGUGUCCCACCUCCUCAAGGAGUCCACGCAGGGCAUCGGCAGCCUGUGGAAAGAGUCGACUCAGGGGGUCAGCAGCCUACUGCGAGAAAUCAGCACCGCCACGGCUGUGGUGCCCGGGUUCACCACCCGAGCGGAUGGAGCCUCAGACCCGCUACCUGUCGUGCCACGUAGCACCUCUGCUGACUCAGGGCUGAGGAAAGAGCGCCGGAGGAAGAAGAAAAUCACCAACAUCAUUUCCUUUGAUGACGAUCUGGACGGUGGAGCAGAGGAUGAGGAGGAGGGAGAGGAGGACUCCCAGAAGAUGGGCGCCAUGAGGAAGAGCCACACUGCUCCUGCUCAGAGCAGUGUGGAGGAAGGACUAGAUCCUUUGGAGCCAGUCUUCUCCGAGUUGCCCGCCCAAAACGGCCUGCCUGAGCCGGGCAUAGUCAGCUGGGUGGGGUCCCCCCAUCCCUCACGUACUCCACCCAGAACUCCACCUCCUCUGCCUGACAGUAAGAGUAUAGACAAUGAGGAGGAGGAGGAAGAGGAGGAGAUGUACAAACCCCGAGCACAAACCCAGGAGGAGGAGAGGAUCAGCUCUGAUCAGGUGGUGGUAGGCAGCCUGUCCAGUGUGUCCACGUGGAGCCCCCGGCAGGUGAUCACUGACCACAGCAGCUCAGACAUCCUCAUUCCUCUGAACCCUACAGACCCUCAGCAAGUGAGCUCUGUGGAGGACACGGCUGCAUUUCCUGCUCAGUGUGAGUCAACAGGGCCGGUGGGAAACUGUGAGAGCAGCACAUCGCUGCUUACAUUCAAUAUGGACUCCAGUCCCCCAACGCAGUCUGUUCCACUCUCCCGUGUGCUGCCAACAUCUGGUCUGCCAGAGUCCAUGACAGUGGUGGAGCUGCGUCAGGCCAUUGUGGCCAUGAUGAACAGGAAGGACGAGCUGGAGGAACAAAACACGUCUCUCCGCAGUCUGCUGGACGGGGAGAUGGAGCACUCAGCAGGCCUGAGGCAGGAAACUGAUCUGCUGAAGAGGAAGCUGGCAGAGCUGGAGGAGAGACACGCAGCCAAAGUCCAGGCACUGGCCAGGGAGAAUGAGGUCCUGAAGGUCCAGUUGAAGAAGUAUGUGGGGGCGGUACAGAUGCUGAAGAGAGAGGGGUGCGAGGGCAAUGAUGCCCUGUCAAUGUUGCGGUCGAGUGAGGAGCAGGCUCCUGUCUUGCAGAAUAAGUUCAUGGGUGACAUUGAGGAGCUGGCUGCCAGCUAUGAACGCAAACUCAUAGAGGUAGCCGAGAUGCAUGGUGAGUUGAUAGAGUUUAAUGAGCGCCUGUACCGUUCCCUCAUGGCCAAAGACCACCUCAUAGUCCAGAUGAGACAGGAACUCAUUGACCUGAGAGGACCAGUUGCAGGUGAUUUAAGCCAGACGUCAGAUGACCCCAGCCUGUCAGAUUUUGAGACGGCUCAUCGCGCUCUCAUCAACGUGUGGAUCCCCUCUGUGUUCCUGCAAGGCAGAGCUGCCAACGCCUACCAUGUCUAUCAGGUGUACAUUCGCAUCCUGGACAACGAGUGGAAUGUGUAUAGGCGUUACACCGAAUUUAGGGAGCUGCACAACAACCUGAGAUCCCAGUUUCCACAGGUGGACACCUUCAACUUCCCACCCAAGAAAGCCAUAGGGAACAAGGAUGCCAAGUUUGUGGAGGAGAGGAGGAAGCAGCUGCAGGGCUACCUGCGCAUGGUGAUGAACAAACUGAUCCAGACACUGCCUGAGUUCACAGCCCACCCCACCAAAGAGACCCUGCUGUCUCUGCUGCCUUUCUGUCUAGACACACCCCAGGCCAACGAUGGUGGAGCCAAGACGCCCCGGUCCAAAACUUCAUCCCGCUUAUCCAGACUGGGCCGCAGCCGCAACCAGGAAGGCAGACCUGAACCACAGAGUGGCGACCUCUAACCCCAGAGCCUUUGAACUAAUAAUCUCUUACUGUAGAGGUUGAGGAUGACGAUGUUCCCGUGUCCACCCUGGACUGUGGAACAGGGGCUCACUGUGUGUGAGGGCGAUCUAACGGACCUUUGGAGCCUUACAGACAAAAAGGAGGAGGGGGGUGGAUGUGUUCACCUCUUACCUCACUGAGAGACCAAACGGCUCUGUAAACAUGCACAUGAACUAGCCUGGACUGCUCUCUCUAAUCUCAAACACAAUGAGAUGAUGGGGACAUGUUUGUUUUUUGUUUUUUCUUACUCUGCUCAGUUUUGUAGUGAAAUUGUAUCACGGUCACAGUGCCUACAGUGUUUUGUAGCUGCUCUCCUGCUCUGGAUAUGGAGGGAAGGGUGUGUAGAGAGGUGGAGAAGGGGUAAAUUAAAGCAGUCACUUGGAUAAUGAAUGUUGUUUUUCAGCUUAUGUGUCAGCAUUACAGUGCCAUUAUAUUUUAGAUGACGAUGAUUCACAAUCUCUGGCGUGGACCACCGGGCAAUGGGCAUUCCUUUUUCCACCUUCUGUUAUUAUUAUUAUGGUUAUUACAGAUGCUCUGUUGAAAGUGUAAGAUAUCUUAAUGUCACCAGGGAUGCAGCAGUUAUCAAAAUAUAUUUUAAAUUCCACGCAAUGAUGAUAUUAAAGGAUUAGGGGUAAGAACCACUGAUAAAAUCAUAAUCUCUUAGGCGCUCUAUGGAAAUUGUUGAUGUGGGGAGGUGAGUUGAAUCUUAUAUUUCGAUUUUCUUGAAAAAGCAAGAACCUGAUGUUUUCUUUAGACCCUUCACCUUGACAAAAAAAAACUGCAACACCCUUCCCAAUAUAUCUCAAAAUAUAGUACUGAAUUCUUACAACUCAUUGCACCAUUAAUAACUACAAGAAGCAAAGUAUAAAUAAUUUAAGAUAGUGUACUCUAAUUUAAAUGCUAUUUUUUUAAUGGAAACAGUGACAGGAGGAUUGUUCCAUAUGGAAAAGCGCACCUUUAUGGCCCGCUAUGAACACUAAAGCCAACUAUUUAAUCCUGUUUGCUUUUUAUCAUUAAAGAAACCUUGCAAGAAAAUGCUAAAAUAUAAAUUUAUAAAAGAACAUUUAUAAAACGGUAUAUUAAAAAUGUUCUCCCAACCCUCAUGUUCCUAACCCCUUUUCCUUUAAUAAUUUUUGGAAAGUCCCUUAAAAGUUCAUAAAUAGGCAUACAUUCUCCUCAAAAUCACUGUUUAAACAUUGUUUAAGUAAUGUGUCUUAGCAGUAUUUAAUGCAGCGUUAUGUUGCAAAUGAAUGUUUUAAUGAUGACUAAACACUUGAAGAAAAGCUGCUUGUUAGAAUGCAAGGAAAGGGCUGCUGAGCAUCAAGUGUGUGUAAAACAGAAGCUCAUACAUAUGUAUGGAUCACCCAGGAGUAGUCAGAGACUAUGUUCAAACGAGGACUGAUUGUAUUGGAAGGGUUUCAGAAAACUUGAAUCGAAGGGUCGGCUUGCAAAAUGGUUAACACUGUUCAUCGUCUAUGAGGGGAGAUGAACAAACAAGGCUUUUGGGUUUUAAUUAAGUUGUUGUUCUAACACAAAAGUGACCCUCACAAGUAUCCAACUACUGGUAAACACUGGAUAGUGUUGUUAGAAAAUUCUCACAGGGAUGCCAUCAAAUAAAGGUUUCUGUCAGACUUCUAUGAGACCUUUUACAGAGACUCUGUCUCGGGUCAACAUGUAAAACAUCAGCAUGGGAAAGAAAAUAAGAUAGAUACUGUCUAAAGUUUUUAAUGAAUUGUUUUCACAUGUUGUCAUUCUUUUUUUCCUAAGUCUGUCAGAAACAUGGAUAUCUUAUGAUAUGGAUAUUUUUUUAAAGACUAUUCUCUGCUGUGAUAAAGUGAAACAGUAGAAUUGGUGACAUUUUAAGUGUAGCACUGCCUUUUUAUGCAUUGAAAAAUGAGCCCACAGCAUCUUACUAUAUCCUGUACCGCUGACGAACAACACUGUCGCAUAGACUCUAUUAUAACAAGUAGCCUUUUCAUAGACAUCUCUUACAGUGACGGUUGGGGUCAGUUUGUCCCUGGGACCAUUGGUGGGUCUAACCUCUCUGCACAAAUAUCCAUAUUGUAUGUGUGGUAAUGUACAGUAAUUAUGCACAGUGGAGUUUUUGACCACUAAAAGCGCCUUGGAGCGAUGUUUAUAUGUGUGGGUCACCAUUUUGAUUGGGUUGGAAUACGUUCCACGAGCACCGGGGUGAGGUUAUACACAGUCCUGUAGCUUAUUUCAUGUUAGUCUGCAAAAAGACAGUUGGUGGUGGCAACGCUUUACAAAGCGUUGCAAUGCGCCAACAAAGAAGGGAAGAAGAUGGAGGCCAGCUAGCAAACAUGGAUGUUAACGAUGCACAUACUACAAAAUGAGCUUUGCAAAAGUUUCAUUUGAAGGAAAUGCAUUCAGCGCAUGUGUUAAACCUUGAUGUGUUUUGGUAAGUAAUACUGAAUUUGAAAUGAACUUUUGUUUGAUUCGAUAGGGCACCUUUAAGCCGGAGACUUCUUGUUCCAGACAAUUGAAGACGGUGCUGAUCUUUUCUCUUAUAGUUGCUAAGCACCUAUUCAAAACUAGUUUGAAUCAGGACUUUUUGCUAAAAGCCAAACUGUUGUUUCUUCUGUGGCUUGGAAGCUCUACAUGCUUUUUAAAAAAGAGGCCAGUGCUGUACAGAGAGCUCCUGGUGGACAUGCAAGUAGGCUCCUCUAUCUUGGGGAAUAGAGGUUUUCAUGAUAUGAUCUCAAACAUCAAUAUUAAUUGAAGUGGCUCCAUCUAAACUGAAUCUGACUCUGCCUUGAGGCUGGUCAUCAGAGCGAUGACGAGCAACAGGAGUUGGUUUAGUUCAUUGAGAUGCAGCAAAAGUGUUCUCUUGCAGUAUGCCAUCUCUGUUCCUGUGUACUUUUCUGUCCUUGCCUUAGUCAGCAGUCAGGCCUUAUCUAUCAGUGUCACAGCAAAGAGGGGAUGAACAAUAAAGUACAGUGUCUACAGUACAAUACAAACA